AUGUCGGAGGCGCUUACGGACUGGUUCUCAUACACAGUAGGAUAUUACGCAGUAGAAGAUUACACAGUAGGAGAUUACACAGUAGAAGAUUACACAGUAGAAGAUUACACAGUAGGAGAUUACACAGUAAAAGAUUACACAGUAGGAGAUUACGCAGUAAGAGAUUACGCAGUAGGAGAUUACACAGUAGGAGAUUACACAAUAGAAGAUUACAUAGUAGGAGAUUACACAGUAGGAAAUUACACAGUAGUAGAUUACACAGUAGUAGAUUACACAGUAGGAGAUUACAUAGUAGGAGAUUACACAGUAGGAGAUUACACAAUAGAAGAUUACACAGUAGGAGAUUACGCAGUAAGAGAUUACACAGUAGUAGAUUACACAGUAGUAGAUUACACAGUAGGAGAUUACAUAGUAGGAGAUUACACAGUAGGAGAUUACACAGUAGGAGAUUACAUAGUAGUAGAUUACACAGUAGGAGAUUACACAGUAGAAGAUUACACAGUAGGAGAUUACACAGUAGGAGAUUACACAGUAGGAGAUUACACAGUAGAAGAUUACACAGUAGGAGAUUACACAGUAGGAGAUUACACAGUAGGAGAUUACACAAUAGAAGAUUACGCAGUAGGAGAUUACACAGUAGGAGAUUACGCAGUAGGAGAUUACGCAGUAGGAUAUUACAUAGUAGGAGAUUACACAGUAGAAGAUUACACUGUAGGAGAUUACACAAUAGAAGAUUACACAGUAGGAGAUUACACAGUAGGAGAUUACACAGUAGGAGAUUACACAAUAGAAGAUUACACAGUAGGAGAUUACACAGUAGGAGAUUACACAGUAGGAGAUUACACAAUAGAAGAUUACACAGUAGGAGAUUACACAGUAGGAGAUUACACAGUAGGAGAUUACACAAUAGAAGAUUACACAGUAGGAGAUUACACAGUAGGAGAUUACACAGUAGGAGAUUACACAAUAGAAGAUUACGGAGUAGGAGAUUACACAAUAGAAGAUUACACAGUAGGAGAUUACACAGUAGGAGAUUACACAGUAGGAGAUUACACAGUAGAAGAUUACACAGUAGGAGAUUACACAGUAGGAGAUUACACAGUAGGAGAUUACACAGUAGAAGAUUACACAGUAGGAGAUUACACAGUAGGAGAUUACACAGUAGGAGAUUACACAGUAGAAGAUUACACAGUAGGAGAUUACACAGUAGGAGAUUACACAGUAGGAGAUUACACAGUAGAAGAUUACACAGUAGGAGAUUACACAGUAGGAGAUUACACAGUAGGAGAUUACACAGUAGAAGAUUACACAGUAGGAGAUUACACAGUAGGAGAUUACACAGUAGGAGAUUACACAGUAGAAGAUUACACAGUAGGAGAUUACACAGUAGGAGAUUACACAGUAGGAGAUUACACAGUAGAAGAUUACACAGUAGGAGAUUACACAGUAGGAGAUUACACAGUAGGAGAUUACACAGUAGAAGAUUACACAGUAGGAGAUUACACAGUAGGAGAUUACACAGUAGGAGAUUACACAGUAGGAGAUUACACAGUAGGAGAUUACACAGUAGGAGAUUACACAGUAGGAGAUUACACAGUAGGAGAUUACACAGUAGGAGAUUACACAGUAGGAGAUUACACAGUAGGAGAUUACACAGUAGGAGAUUACACAGUAGGAGAUUACACAGUAGGAGAUUACACAGUAGGAGAUUACACAGUAGGAGAUUACACAGUAGGAGAUUACACAGUAGGAGAUUACACAGUAGGAGAUUACACAGUAGGAGAUUACACAGUAGGAGAUUACACAGUAGGAGAUUACACAGUAGGAGAUUACACAGUAGGAGAUUACACAGUAGGAGAUUACACAGUAGGAGAUUACACAGUAGGAGAUUACACAGUAGGUUAUUACACAGUAGGAGAUUACACAGUAGGAGAUUACGCAGUAGAAGAUUACACAUUAGGAGAUUACAUAGUAGGAGAUCACAUAGUAGGAGAUUGCAUAGUAGGAGAUUACGCAGUAGGCGAUUACGCAGUAGAAGAUUACAUAGUAGGAGAUUACAUAGUAGGAGAUUACAUAGUAGGAGAUUACACAGAAGGAAAUUACACAGUAGGAGAUUACGCA